AUUGAGCUGUUGUCAUUUUCAAGAUAUUUUCCACUCUUUUUUAAUUCGGUAUCCAAAAAGAAGUGAAAGAACCUUUGGAACCGACUGUCGGUGGUUUGCAGAGGUGAUCAGGGAUCAGGGACGUCGAGUGCCAGUGUCUCCGUACCGUCCGGAAGAUACGGUGCCCCGAACCAGCUAACCGAAAACACACGACUAAUCCGGUGCACCGGGCCCAGACCUGUGCGAAAAAUAUCAACGAUCGAAAAAGCAAAACACCGACACCUUCCUAACAUACGAUGGCUUCCCGAGGUGGACCGAUGGUUUUGGGGACAGAUGGAACCGACUUCGAGCACAGACAGCGCGUGGCCGCACACUACCAAAUCAGCGCCCUCAACAAAUCACGAUUAAAAUACUGCAUUUUCUUCCACUAUCUACUGUUCUUCGUGAUGCUGAUCAAACUGUCCGCCGACAUCCUGGACCGGCUCGAUAUUUUCAUACUGGAAAUCGAAGAGCUGCAGAUACCGGCCCCACUGUGGUGGGAAUACUUCUGGUGCCUGUCCGUCUUUCUGUCCUUCAUUGGUUUGGCCGCCGCACGUGGUAACCGUGUGAACGAUAUGAAAAAGUACAUGGUUGGUAUAAGCACGAUCGCGUUCGUGCCACUCCUUUACUGUAUCUUCUACUAUCUGAACGAUGUGCUCGAGUAUCUCAGUCUGGAGGAAGGUACCGAUCUAGAUGAUACCGAAAUUUUCGUCUGGCAGGUAAUUGGCUAUCCGUACGGUUUGCUGUGGUACGGUUUCGUGCUACUGGCGUUCCAGGUGCACUUUUUCUCGCUGUUUUUCGCCUGGAACCUGAUCAAAGCCUGGAGAGCACGUGGCACACUCAAGAAGGGGCAAUAAAGGAAGAACACACUGUCCCCAUAUCUUACCAAAUCCGUCAUCCGGUGUGCGACACAAUCGAAGAAGCUCUACGGCACUCCCUAACCACACUCGCACACCUUCACCACGCACCACCAGUCAGAACCACCACGAUCUGAACCGCGAUCGCCAAACACCAUACGCGCUCUAUGCUCAAUUUAACGCUAAUCUACUAGAGGGAAGGAUGCAUGUAUGCUCCAUAAAAUAGGAACGAAGCAAAGAAACCACCCCGUUCGACAAAGACAAUAUACUUAGUGCGUGUGAAUUCUGUAGCACGCUGUUCGCUGUUCGAUGUAAAUGGUAGAUGUUUUGUUUUGUUUGUUUCUCCUUACUUACUUUACUUUCUGUUAGCAAAAUCGAUCAUCGUAUGCAUGGCAUGGCGUGAUAGCUCUAACAAAUGCACACAAAAAAAAGAUUGACACGAUCGAUUAGAAAAUCCUGACAGCAAUGGCGGAUACUAGCACUGGUAAUAUUGUUUGAAUUAUUUGUUUCCUAGUUGUUUAAGUAGGGAAUUUACAGGAAAUAGUUUGCAAAUUUUGCUUCCAAUCAGUAGCUGUACUUUGCGAAAGAUCUAACCGAACUGUCCACCUAGAAACGCUGUUGUAGAUAAAUCUUCUGAAUGUGCUCUAGUGUUCCCCAUACAGACAAACCCAUUUUAUAAAUGAUAUGUAGUUUUCUAAACAGUCUAAACAAUGUAACAACAGUACGGCGCAAAAUUGUGAAACACACUAAUCAAUAACGACUGCAGUGUUUACCAAAGUGAAGGAACGAUACAAUUGCUGGAUGGUCACAAAAAACACGCGAUAGGACGAUCAUAUGAACGGAGCGAAAACGGAAAUGGAACUGGAGAUCGAUUCUAAUGUGUUCAAAAGAAAACCAUCGUUUGCAUUAGGUUUUACUGACUGCCCCUCGUAUCCUGAUAACUUGAACGAUGCUGGAAGUGAGAUUUGGAUGAACGUUUACAUUUGUUUUUUAACAUUUCUUUAAAAUAUUCACAUCGAGAUUGUAAACUGCUGUAAGAAUGAAGGUGAACACACAAGCGAGAGAUUGACUUUGUUUUUGC